AUGGAUCAAACAGGAGGCACAGCAGUAACACCAAAGAGCCCGUGGGGCUCGGCGGCCCCGGCGGCUCCGGCCUGCUCUCUGGCUGAUGUGAUGAGCGAACAGCUGGCCACACAGCUGGACGAGGAGAACAACGCCUUCCCUGCACUCACCGAUCCUGCAGCAGAUCUGUUGUUGUCAGACGAGGCGUCUGAUACGACCAGUGACUUGAUGCUCGCCAAGAUGCUGCAGAUGCAGUUCGACCGAGAGUUUGAUGAUCAGCUCCGCCGGGAGGAGAAGAAGUUCAACGGCGAGAGCAAAGUGUCCAUCUCCUUUGAGAACUACCGGAUGGUCCAUCCGUAUGAAGACAGCGACAGCUCCGAGGACGAGGUGGACUGGCAGGACACGAGACACGACCCCUACAGAGCAGACAAGCCCCAGACGACACCCAGGAGAGGCUUCACGGGGAAAGGCAAGAACAUCACCACUAAACAUGACGAGGAGACCUGCGGCCGCAAGAACACGGCGCGCAUGGACAACUUUGCUCCAGAGGUCCAUGUUGGUGAUGGGCUGGGGAUGGACCUGAAGUUGUCCAAUCAGGUGUUCAACUCUCUGAAGCAGCACUGCUACAGCGAGCAGAGACGUAGUGCCCGACUGCACGAGAAGAAGGAGCACUCCACCGCUGAACAAGCAGUGGACCCUCGCACUCGUCUGCUGAUGUACAAGAUGGUGAACGCCGGUGUGCUGGAGAACAUUAAUGGCUGCAUCAGCACAGGAAAAGAGUCAGUCGUCUUCCAUGCUGACGGAGGGAGCCUGGAGGAGCAGCCUGUUCCAGAUGAAGUGGUGCUGAAAGUGUUCAAGACGACGCUCAACGAGUUCAAGAACAGAGAUCGCUACAUCAAAGACGACUACCGCUUCAAGGAGCGCUUCAGCAAGCUGAACCCACGGAAGGUCAUCAGGCUGUGGGCCGAGAAGGAGAUGCACAACCUGGCCAGGAUGAAGAAGGCGGAGAUUCCCUGUCCGGAGGUGGUGCUGCUGAAGAAACACAUCCUGGUGAUGUCGUUCAUCGGUAAAGACCACGUUCCUGCUCCCAAACUGAAGGACGUGGUGCUGAACUCUGAGGACAUGAAGAACGCCUUCUACCAAGUCCUCCAUCUGAUGCAGCUCUUGUAUCAGGAGUGUAACCUGGUUCAUGCUGAUCUCAGUGAAUACAACAUGCUGUGGCACGAAGGGAAGGUGUGGCUGAUAGAUGUCAGUCAGUCCAUCGAGCCGACCCAUCCUCACGGCCUGGAGUUCCUCUUCAGAGACUGCAGGAACGUUUCCACGUUCUUCCAGAAGAGAGGCGUGAGCGAGGCGAUGAGUGUGUACGAGCUUUUCAAUGCCGUCAGCGGGCUGAACAUCCCAGUCGGUGCCGAGGAGGAGGCGGAGUUCAUGGCUGAGAUCGUGGCGCUGGAGAAGAGGAACGAGGAUCACGUGCAGAAGCGAGGAAAGAAAACGUUCCCCGUGGCCUCUGAAGACGGCGACCCUCCUUUAAAACCCGAUGCUGAUGACUAACGCCGCCCGGCUCGCUCUCUCUUCACGAUUCCGCCGUGAUGAAAACGCUGUAAAGAGGAGAUGAACGGAGGAGGACCCCGGCGCCUCCCCCUCCGACCCUGCCGCCACCGUCUGACCCACCGCUGACUGCCUCCUUUACUCAGGCAGGACGGAGCGCCUCCUCCUGGCUGCAGGAGGAACGAGUUUCACCGUGUUGGAUGUUGAAGUCGGAGCGUCCCGAGCUGCUCAGAGGCACCAGCAGGGUUUUCUGAAGCUGAGGCCUCAUUUCAGACCCUCCUGCUGACACGGGCCCACACUGAUGUUAGUCUUUCAGUCAGAACCGCUGCUCACACAGAACCGCUGCUCACACAGAACCGCUGCUCACACAGAACCGCUGCUCAUUUUAAUUCUAGCUGCUGAGUUUCAGGCUUAAAUUUGGGAAAAUGAGGGUUCAAGAGGAUUAAACACUUCUCAGUGUGAUGGUUAGAAAGAAUUAAUGAGUUAAGAUAAUUCAAACACAGUUUAAAGAAAGAUUAAAAGGUUUAAUUGUUCUUCUUUCAACAACUCACCUCUCAAGGUUAUGGAGGACUAGAACUGCCAAAACUAGUAAAGCAUUAAAUAAAUGUCUCAUUAUAUUAAUUAUUAUGCCAUCAAAUGCACCACAUAAAUAAAACUUAAAGUAAUAAAUGACUCAUCAGCUGAUGCUUUAAAAAAUAACGAAUUAUUAAAAAUACGUACAUUAAUUUAAAGUAAAUACCUACAUUUAUUUUUAGUAUUAUUUUGGUUCAUGUAUUGACAUUAAAUUUAUGUGAUAUAUUUAGUUAUGUCUUGUAUUUAUUUUUAGUUUGGGCAGUAUCAGUCCUCCAUAUGAUGAGACACAAAACACAAAAUACAAACAAAACCAACAACAGUAGUGAGGUCACUGGUGCAGCAGGAGGUUAUGAAAUGUUUGGUAAUUCUUGAAGCUUUAAUCAGUUUAAAUAAAAGUCGUUAAAGUUGACAAUGGAAAGUGUGUGUGUGUGUGUGUGUGUGCGCGGUAAUGAUCAGGUAGCUGUUAGUCUGACGUCCUGAUGACGUCAUAGAUUGUGUGAUUUUCAUCUUGAUUGAUAAAACAUGAAGGUUUCUCCUCACAUGAUGCUGAUUUUAAGGUGGAGUUAAUCUAAUGAAAGGUGUGUCUGUGACUCAGUGGUGACAAUAAAAACUGAAGAUUAAAAAACUCA